AUGCUGGAAUAUUCCCAUCAGUCUACAAGUGAAGACGAGCAUCAAAGCAUCAGGAAGAAGUGAAAUCUGCAGAGACAGAGUUUAUUGAAGGACAGAGAGAACAUGAGAGAUCCAGAACCCUGCAGAAUGAAACACACUGAAGAACAAACAGAGUUGAUUGAAGAAAACGAGGAUGAUGAAGAACUGAAUGAAGAGGAGAAAAAUCACGUCAAAACUGGAGAAAAACCUUUGAGUCGCUCUCAAACCAAAGAGAAAGAUUUAAAGAAAAUAAGAGUAAAGAAAUAUUUCACCUGCACUCAGUGUGGAAAUAGUUUGAAACACAAACAGAGUCUCGAGUUUCACAUGAGGAUCCACACUGGAGAGAAACCAUACACAUGUGAUAAGUGCGGGAAGAGUUUCAGACAAUCAGCACACCUUCAGAGACACAUGAGGAUCCACACUGGAGAGAAACCAUACACUUGUAAUCAGUGUGGGAAGAGUUUCACAGAAUCAUCAAACCUUAAGAACCACAUGAUCAUCCACACUGGAGAGAAACUGCAUGAAUGUGAUCAAUGUGGAAGAACAUUUUUGAGGGCCUCAGACCUGAAGAGUCACCUGAAAGUUCAUACGAAGGAGAAACCACAUUCAUGUUCUUUCUGUGGAAAGAGGUUUUCACAUCUGCAUCAUUUAAAAGUACAUCAGAAGAGACACACUGGUGUGAGAGAAUAUAUGUGCUUUGAGU